AUGAGUCCAUCGCCGGGGGAUCACUCCGGUAGGACGAUACCGGAGUGGAUGGAUUUGAAGAACUUGAACGGUCGUCUCUACUACAUGGUUCUUAAAGCAGCAGAUGGACACGUGCUUCCGAAAAAUCCAUUUCUAGUAGGCCGAUCCGUUGAACAGAUUGGAAAAGUUGAAGGUGCGUUUUACGAGAAGAGCCAAAACUGGUACGUUCUUAAGCUUCGUAAUAAGGAAAAAAGUAGAGAAUUGACCAAGUUAACCAAAUUGAUUGAUGGAACCCCAAUCAAAAUCGAAUACCACCCUAGACUGAACCAACGUAAAUUCGUCGUCACGUGCCCAGAAGUCGAAGGUAUGUCAAACCAAGAACUGCAAGCCGAACUAUCGUCUCAACAAAUAAUCGACGUACGUAGGAUCACGAAGAAAACAUCCAAUGACAUUGUUAUUACUAACACUCUAAUAUUAACCAUCUGUAGCACGAUAGUUCCCGAGUUCAUAAACUUUGGGCUUCUCCGAGUUCGGACUCGGCUCUAUUACCCUUUACCACUUUUGUGUAGAACCUGCCUAAAAUACGGUCAUCCGAAGAGUAAGUGCACAGCCACCCUGGCCUGUAACCGCUGUCAUUCCUCUGACCAUGAUAGUCAAGCGUGUACGAAGAACCCUUACUGUGGAAACUGUAAACAAGAAGGGCACACUCUAUCUAGUCGUAUUUGUCCAAUAUGGGUAGCCGAAACUGCAGCGCUUAAGCUAAGCACCGAAAAAAAUAUUACGAUAGCAGAAGCUCGAAAAAUGGCACAACAAAUCAGCAACAUCAACACUUAUGCGAAUAUUUUAAAAUCUGACCAACCGAAAACAAUGAGAAGCGUAAAAUCUACACCAGCCCGUUCCAUCCAGUCACAACAGCAACAACAACAACAGCAGCAAUUACCGAACCAGAAACGAUCACCACCAGCUAACCAACCGAACACCGUAUCUCCUCCUCGGAAACGACUUACCUCGGACCCUUCACCAGAAGACAAGGCAACCGAUAUUGACAACACCAGUGGAAACCUCUGUUCCCAAUCGAGGGAAAUGAUAUCAUCAAACACUCCAGCUCCCUCCCAACUCCCUUCUCCCCCUUCCAACCCAUUCCAACCUACCCCUAGUUUUAAUAAUAAAUUUGAUCCUCGGCACAGAAAAACUUGUAACAAGUAA